CUCCUCCCUUAUUUGUCAUGUGAGCAGCCUUGAAUAGUGAAGACAGAGGAAAAGUCAGUGUCAGUCGAGCAGGACCGUUCACUGAAGUUCACUGGAUUUUCACAGCGGUAACAUAAUGACUCUACCUGUGACUUUUCUCUUGCUGAUGUUCGCCUGGACCAUGUGUGUGUGGGCUGACACAGAAAGGAUAAGAGAGAAACGUGCAUGUAUUAUUGAUUCUUUUUCUAUCGAAGAAGAACACCGUGGGCCUUUUCCAUAUAAACUCGGCAAGAUUGAACUUGAUAGGAAGUAUUUAGUUCAUUUUGAGCUCUUUGGCGAGGGUGUGGACAAAGAUCCGAAAAAUAUUCUGAAAAUUAAUCGCGAAACAGGUGAAAUUGAUGUACUUGCAAAGGUGGAUUAUGAAGCUAUGGACAGCAGAAAAGCUCUCAAUCUCCAAUUUGAAGCAAUAAAUCAAUCCAAUAAUGAAGUGGACACGAGGCUCGGAGUUGAGAUCAAGAUACUGGAUAUAAAUGACAACCCCCCAGAAUUUAAACAAACAAAUUAUGAUGUCAAUUUGGAGGAAUCACAACAGCAGGAGAAACGCAUUAUGGUAGUGUUGGCAGAUGAUCACGACAACUCGAGAACCCCCAAUGGAACUUUCUCUUUGACAAUCAAAUCUGUCACGCCACAAACUGACAACGUUGAGUUUUAUCUCAAACAGUAUGACGAUACAGGGACUAUUUAUUUCAAUGGCUGCUUGGACUACGAGAAAGCUCACAAAUACAAGAUUCUGGUUGAGGCGAAAGACCACGGAGAGAAGGUACAGCUGUCGAGCACAGGCACAGUGACAGUCUGGAUUAAUGACAAAAACAAUCAUCUUCCAGAGUUCACCGGCCAAACCGGCACUGGGAAAGUAAAAGAGCGAGAGAUUGGCACAGAAGUUUUACGACUUCAAGUAACAGAUAAAGACAGUAAUGGUACAGACGCCUGGAAAGCUAAAUACACAAUCUAUGGAGAUACGAAAAACAAUUUUAAAAUCAAAACAGACCCAGCUACGAACGAAGGGAUUUUAACCGUUGUUAAGCCAAUUGACUACGAGGAGCAAAAAUAUCAAAAUCUGUCCAUCAGUGUGCAAAACGAAGCUCCUUACUUCUCCUGUAAGAUUAAGAACCGCACACUGAAUGCAUUGGGAAGGUGGGAACUAGAAAGAUUUUCUGAAAACCCUGAAAAAAGUGAACCAAAACUUUACAAGUCCAUUCCAGUGACCAUUCAUGUUGAAGACGUCAACGAUCCUCCGGUAUUUAUACCACCGGAAAAAAGUAUUGUGGUAUCGGAGAACUUAGAUGUAGGAAUCCAUCUGACCACCAUGACGGCUAAAGAUAUGGACGUAGGCCACGAUAACACAUUUAAAUUUGUUGUAGGGGAAGAUCCUGCUGGAUGGGUAACCAUUCAUCCGAAGACUGGACUAAUAUCCUCAGCUAAAGUUUUGGACAGAGAAUCAGAAUAUGUAAAUGGCAGCACCUAUAAAGUAAUCCUGUAUGCUGUUGAUAACGGUCAACCACCGCUGACUGGCACAGGGACUGUAUUUAUUAACCUGAGAGAUCAAAAUGAUAACGUGCCAAUAUUGACUGUGGAUCAUGUUAACAUAUGUCUGAACAAGGAGCCCACAAUGGCCAACAUAGACCGAUGAGGACACUGUCAAAUUUUUUUAUAAUUGUGAAUGUUAUAAAGAAGCUCUUUUGUCCUUAAUUUUCAUUGGACCCCAUUAACCAUACUUUGUUUUCUUAUGGUAACAUUGCAUUAACUUUUUUACCUUUUUGACAAAAAAUAUUUUUUACUUUGCUUUUUUUAAAGUUUAUAAAAAGGAAAAUUAC